AUGUCGCUUCGCCGGCCGUCUGCUCCCAUGGCGCCGGCCUUUAUGGUGUCUGCUCCAGGCAAGGUGAUUGUCUUUGGAGAGCACUCCGUUGUCUAUGGCAAGGCUGCCAUUGCCGCUGCCAUCGCUCUACGAUCCUAUCUCCAUGUCACAACGCUGUCGAAAUCAAAACACACCGUUUCGCUUCGUUUCCCCGACAUCGACCUCACUCACACCUGGGAUAUUGACAACCUCCCUUGGGCAGCGUUCCACCACCCAGACAAGAAAAAGUCGUACUACUCCCUGGUCACGGAGCUUGACAACGAUCUACUGGCCGCUCUGCAACCACACAUUGACGAGGUCUCUCCGGACCGACCAGAAGAGAUUCGAAAAGUCCACCGAAGCUCUGCCACCGCGUUCCUCUACCUCUUCCUUUCUCUGGGGUCACCGCGCUUCCCAGGAUGCCUCUAUACUCUGCGGUCUACAAUUCCCAUUUCGGCUGGCCUUGGUAGCAGUGCUUCCAUCUCCGUCUGUCUAGCCGCCUCCCUCCUCCUUCAACUACGGACGCUCUCUGGCCCCCAUCCAGACCAGCCUUCAGAGGAGGCCCGUAUCCAGAUCGAACGUAUCAACCGCUGGGCUUUUGUGUCAGAGAUGUGCAUUCAUGGAAACCCUUCGGGAGUCGAUAAUACUGUAGCCUGCCAAGGUAAGGCUGUAGUGUUCCAACGAACAGACUACAGCAAACCUCCAUCAGUUCGCCCACUAUGGGACUUCCCCGAGCUGCCUCUGCUCCUCGUGGAUACAAAGCAAGCCAAGUCUACGGCGCAUGAAGUGGCCAAGGUUGGAAAGCUGAACAAGACACACCCUAAGCUUGUGGGCACAAUUUUAGAUGCCAUGCACAACGUUACCGAAGCUGCUUCUGAACUCAUCGAGGACAAGAGCUUUGACCCCAAGGAGGAGGAAAGCCUGCGGAAGGUCGGCGAGCUGAUGACAAUCAACCACGGCCUUCUGAACUCGCUGGGCGUGUCUCAUCCUAGGCUGGAGAGAGUGCGUGAAUUGGUCGACCAUGAGGGAAUCGGAUGGACUAAACUCACUGGCGCUGGAGGCGGUGGCUGUUCCAUCACUCUGCUGAAGCCGGAUGUGCCAAAGGAGAAGCUCGCUACUCUAGAGAGCCGCUUUGAAGCCGAAGGCUACCAGAAGUUUGGCACUACCCUCGGUGGUGAUGGCGUGGGUGUCCUGUGGCCGGCUGUCCUGAAGAACGGCCUCGACGAAGACGACGAAGGCGGCAUGGAGAUUGACGUGGACCUGUUCCUCAACGCUAAAGGAACUGAGGGCGUUGAGCAGCUUGUCGGCGUUCACGGUGACGGUGGAGAGAGAGAGGGGUGGAAGUUUUGGCGAGUGGAAAGCGAGUAG